AAGCCAAUCUUGGAGUUGUAGUCAUAAAGCGGAGACAGGCUCUACGCGUCUUUCCAGGUUGUCGCCGCCGAAGCCUUCAGAUUCAGAGCAGACCAGACACUCUCCAGCCAUCAGAAAAGCUAUCCGCCGACGGCUGCUCCCUUCUCCGGCGUCGGGGUUCAUCGCUGAUCCUCUCGGGCUUUGGCUGAUUUUACGCUAUGAUGAGAAUCGUUCGAGAAGAUUGGAUUAGUUGCUUGCCUGAUGAUAUUUUGGCUAACAUCCUUGACCGACUCAGUGUCCGAGAGGCUGCAAGAACUGGUGUCCUGGCCCGGCGGUGGCGGCGACUCCCUCCUAUGCUCUCUCGUCUUACCAUUGAUGUUCGGGACUUUGUGGCUAAACCUGCUACCACAUGCCACGAAGAAGAAAUUGCACGAAGCAAUGCAACUAUGGUUGAGGUGACAAAGAGCAUCCUAGCACGCAGGGUUUCAAACCCAAACAGCAUAAGCUCAAUGUGCAUGACGUUCUUCUUAAGAGACGAUGACUGCAUAUCCAUUGGACACUCUGUUGGGCACAUCAUGGCGAUCCACGACAUUGACAUUGAAUUCACAGUUCUUACAGAGAAGGAUCCAACUCGCUGCAAUCUGGAUAGUAUGAUCGACUACGGGAGAAUAUUUAUGUUGUUCUUUGAUGCUUGUCCAAUUGCAUUUGGUGGCAUCACACGCCUCUGCCUGGAGAAUUUGAGUUUUGGUGAAUCGGACAUCCCUAACAUCCUCAACACAUGCAAGAGAUUAAAACAUCUAAGCUUAUCCCAUUGUUGUUCUGAGAGAGAGGCCAUUGUGCAAGUUGAACAGAGUCAACUCAGUGAGCUGCUUAUUGUUAAUUGUCGUUUCGAAAAAGUCAAGCUCAACUCGCUCCCAAAACUCACAUGGAUGAUGUUUUGGUGUUGGAAGUCUCAAGAUCCACUGCUUCUGGGUCAUGUCCCAUUGCUUGAGACUGUUAGCAUCACCAAUCACAGUCUUAGUUGGCACAAGUUGGUUGAGUUAAGUAAGUUUUUUGGUGGCGCCUCUCCACGAUACCUGUGGUUGGGAUUUGAAUGUGAAAAGAUUUGGGUACAACCAGAAAGUGUGACGAAAAGGCUGGCAUCUGUGUUCCGUCGACUAACGUUUGUGCAUCUUGAUAAAAUUCGUGAAGGGUGUGACCUCACGUGGACAUUGUUCAUUCUUGAAGCUGCGUCCAACCUGAACGAGCUAUACCUGACGGUAUGGGAUCAUCUGUGUAUAAUGCGAACUGAUGAAGAGGAAAGGAGGGCACUCUCGUAUAGCGAGAAAAAGGGUGUUGAGUGGAAAUCACCUGCAUCUGAUUUUCAGCAUCAUAGCCUGGCAACUAUCGUCAUCUUUGGCUUUCAGUCUGACUGCAUGGUUAGGUAUGUUAGACGUGUGAUGGAGGUUGCUGUGAAUCUGAAGGAUGUGUUCCUGUACCAUAGGCUGAACUGCAAGUUGUGUCGGCACAGCUAUGAUCUCAAUCGGCCGUUAAAGUAUCCGUCUAACGAGGAAGAGAAAAGUCAAGUGCUAAAGAAACUGACCAGGAGGAUUAACUCGUCUGUCACAAUUCACUUCCCGGGUCUCAACAUGAUCAGUGCUGAUCAGGCUGCAAAAAGGGCAAUUGUUCCAUUACUGUGAGGAUGAUGUGUUCAGGAGUUUGUUUGCCGCCACUAUGUUUCUCCCUUUAAAUUAUUGGAUUUGACUUGAAGCAGAUUGUUUGGCUUUCAGUAAGAAGGGUAUUGUUAGUACUUGUUUGUUUGUUUGUUUUUUUGUUUGUUUAUCUGCCUGUAAACGCCUUUACCGAUGUUUCUUACUUUGAA